GCUCGAUACCACGUGACUGUGACUUCAACGGAUUAUAUUUAAAGAAAAACUUUUUGAUUUUGGUGAGAUUUAAGUUUUGAAUUUCCUGCAAAAUAAAUUCCAAAAUAGAUUUACGAGUAGCAUCGGCCGUUCAUUUAACAUAUUGCAAUUGCUGUAUUACAUCAUUGUCCACUAAUUCUUUAAUUUUGAUCAUUUUUUUCCCCUAAUUAAUUAGUUAUUUUAACACACAUCUCUCUAUGGGUCAGGUGACAUGGAGGAAAGAUGGACUUCUAUUGACUGAAACCGAGUCUACUGCCGAUGAUACGUCUGGGGCGUUGCUGGACACGUUCGGGACGUUAUAUUUGGUCAGACUCACAAGUGACGACUCUGGUAAUUACACAUGUUUUAUAGACGGUAAUCGAACGCAAGAAGUGCUGUUAGCCGUCCGCAAGUCAUCGUUGCUCUCGUCAAAAGCCUACGCCCGACACUUAUACUAUUUGUACUAUAUAUUUGCGAUGUAUUUUGUCGUUUUCGGUGCUCGGAUUUACUACGCUUUUCUUAACCGUCGACAUUUUUUGAAGAUCACCGAUAACGAUGUACUAAAACCCGAAAUUCCCAUCGUUUAUCUGGGAAGAAAAAUUCGGAUCCGUUGAUAUUCCAUUCGUAAAGCUUAAGAAAUAUAAUAUA